CAUACAUGUCAGUUUACAGAUGAGUGCGUAAUCUCAGAAGAAUCUCUCUCUUGAUUUCGUAGCAAUCGCAGUUGUUCAGAGACGGUGUCUUCGUCGCUUUCGCCGCCGAGAACAUUGCGCUAAUUUGGAUAGGUUUCUUGAAUCCACUAUUCAAAUUGUUUACAGUUGAGUGUUUCUAAGUGUCUGCUGGACACUGUUUCUUCUCCGACUUCUCAAUGGCAAGAAGCCAACUUGGCUGAAUACAGGUCAGUGGUCGCCACCAGCUUUUUUGUUUGCUCAUCUGUCAAUUUUGGAACUUUGGUACCGGUGAACAUGACUCGUUGAUCUUCAGAAAGAUUCUGCUUGCCUUAUAUUGUAGUAUGGGUCCUGAUCUAGAGCUUAAAGGAAGAUCAGAUAUUGUUAUGGAAGCUUCAGCCUCAGGUAAUAAGGAGACUGCAGGUGUUAUGAAAGAACCAGAAGAUAAGUAUGUGAGAUGUGCAAGUAAUUAUGAGGACAACACCUUUGAGAUGGAAGUUUUAAUGGAUGAACAAACUGGCAGAGCAGACAGAAGUCAGGAUGUGGAGGUUAAUAUAGUUGACUGUACAGCUUCUGGUGACAUUGGGUUGGUUAAAGCUGAAUUCCAGGAUGCAACUGAGAAUUCGAGUUCUUUUGAUGAUACAAUGCUGAGUGAUGCUGAAGUUGAAUCAGAAUUGCAUGGUGAUCCUUCGUCACCAGCAAUGCGAUUUAAUGGAUAUAGUGAACCUUUUCGAAUGAGGAAGAAGAGGUUGACACCUCAUUGGAGAACACACAUACAACCUCUUAUGUGGCGUUGUAAAUGGGUAGAAUUGCAAAUUAAGAAAUUUGAAUCCCAAGCGAUGAAGUAUGACAGAGAGCUUGCAAAACAUAAUCGAAGAAAGCAGUCAGAGUUUGAAAACUCUGUAUUAGAAGGUUUUUGUGCAAAGUCACGGCCAUUUUUUGGUCCAAGUAGAAGAAAAGAAGUCAUGAAGAGGAAGAGAAGAAAAAGAGUUGAAGACACAGUGGACAUAGCAUCAUACAUGUCACACCAUAACCUGUUCUCCUAUUAUGAGAGUAAGAGGUCUGCUGCUGAUACUGCUUUGUUGGAUGAUGAUAAGAGCAGUCAAGUGAUUUGCAAAGAGAAAAUCAAUGGCAAUAAUGAAAUUGGGGUCAAUGAUGAAUUGUCAUCCCUCGAGAGAGAUGGUGACAGUUCCUUGGAACAGGUCCUUUGGAAGAUUGGAAUUGUGGAGUCACAAGUUAGCCAGAUGAAGACUCGGCUCCACAAGAUAAUGAGUGAAAAUGCCACAAAGUUCUCUUCCACCGAUGAGUUGAACAUGCUUGCACCAUGUAAUGCAUUGACCAGCUCUUCUCGAAAGCCUGCUUCUCCUCACAACAAUGGGGACAUAAUGCCAGUAGGAUCUUCUUAUAUUGCAACUCAGCUUAUACCCGAGUAUGAUAUGGGUGAUCCGGUUAUGCGUGAAAGUGCAGCUUCGAGUCAUGGAGAAGUGAACCAUGUUCCUGAUAUAAUUGAAAGCACAGAUCAGCCUGAAGUUGGGGGUUCAUCAAAAAAUGUAAUUCAUCUGUGCAGACUGGGGAUGGAAUUUUGAUAUAUAAUCGCAGAGCCAAGAGAGAGACAAAUAACACCAAAGAAGUUAACAUUCAGCCCAUAGAGAAGCCCCAGGUACCAAAGGAAGAGCAAGAUAGCUCCAUUCCUCCAUUUCAUGAUCUUGAAGCUGACUUGCCUGAUGAUGAUCAACCAACUCCAAAGAUUCGUUCAAUUUCCAAACUUACUGCAACCAAGAACAAGAGAAAGCGAGGUAGACGGAAGGCCGGGACAAGUAGGUGGAGCCGGCGAUCCUCAGGUUAGCCCCCUAUGGUAAAAAUGUUGAAAGUUAAUAGUUUCUUUUGCAGGAAACUUACUGCAACCAAGAACAAGAGAAAGUGAGGUAGAUGGAAGGCUGGGUCUAGUAGGGGAGCUGGUGAUCCUCAGGUUAGCCCCCCUAUGGUUAAAAUGUUAAAAAGUUAUUAGUUUCUUUUGCUGGAGGAAUGGAUUUUCCCCAGAAAAAAUGAUGUCAGUAAUUUUGGUGCAAAAAAGUAUGUACAUGCUAUUUAUUCUGCUAAGAUCUCUCUCUCUCUCUCUCUCUCUCUCUUCUCAGUUUGUUCAUGUAGACAAAUUGCCCUUUCGUUUGACUGCAUUUGUACAUACCAUUAGUUUGGCUGUAAUUUCUCUCUAGCUCAAAACUGGUGUUUGAUCUGGAUGUCCCGUGGAGUUUAUGUACAUCUUGAGUUUUUGAUCACAUUAGUACUGUUUCAAUAUCAAGGAAAUUAUCAUUCUUGCUUCU